AUGUUUGAUUCCACUUUAUUGCUUGGAAAUCAAUCAGAUUAUAAAAAAAUUAUUAGUGAACACAUUUCGUUUACAAGUACUCCAAACCUUGAUGAGGGUGGUUAUGAAGAACUAAAACAACAAAGCCAACAAAAUGAAUAUUAUAGAAGUUUUACAAUUGCAAAAAAUUCUUCUAGUCCUUAUUAUAGAAAUCAGAUUGACAUCAUGAAUUCCAAAUGUCAUUAUGAUCUCAAAACAAAUGUAACAAAAUUUAAAGAAAUUAGUAUUUUAAAAAAUGGAUUUCUAUAUAAUUCAACAGAACAACGUAAAAAUUUUUCUGAAUUCUUGAUUGAAGAUUUGAAAUCAGAUUCACAAAUACUAUUUAUUUUUUCUAAACUGCAACAACCAGGUUUCCCAAACAUGUAUAAACCAAUUCCUUAUGCAGAGCAUAUAAUGUAUGAAGCUUCAAAAAUCAUCAAUCAGCUUGAUUUAUCAUAUAUUGCAAUACAUUGGAGAAUGGAACAAGCAGUACCCAAAAAUCUGCCAAAUUGUGCCAGAGAAUUAGUUAAAACAAUACAAAAAAUAAAAGAAAAUACUGGAAUAAAUAAUGUCUAUUUAACAACUUAUUUCCCCUUAACUUACAACAGAAAUGGCAGUAUAAAAAAGAAAAAUAAAGAAAAUCUUUUAUUUAAUGAAUUAAAAGGUCCAGGUGUACAAGGAAUAUUAGAUAUAAAUUCAAAUUAUUUCUUGAGUGGACCAAGAGAUUGCUGUAGAACAAUAUCUAUUUUUACAAAACAAAUUGCAAAUUCAAGAAAACAAUUAUUGGAUGAAGGAAAUAUAACAUAUUAA